AUGCAAGAACAAGGCGUACGCCCCGAUGACCCUGAAUUCCUUAAAGCCCACAAUCUGCUUUCCGCCAUCCAACGACAACAAGCCUUCCAGAAACAACGACACGCUCAGCAGUUGCAGGCACAGCGGUUGCAGCAAACCCAACAGCAGCAACAGGCGCAGGCGCAGGCGCAGCCACUGCCCCAACAGCAACCUAAUGGUGUUCCUGUUGAUGGCCCUACCAAUGGUGUUGAUGCGCGAAAUGGAGGCGCAAACAAUUCUAGCACCCCAGAUCCAACAUCUGGUCAAUCUGGACCUGCUGUGGCCAACUCAUCUACCCAGAAAGUAGCGGCGUCUGCUACUGGAAGCUUCACGCCAGAACAAUUGACUAUUCUCAAAAAUCAAAUCCUAGCAUUCAAAAUGCUAUCUAAGAACCUCCCAAUCCCUCCCCGAGUACAGCAGCAACUAUUUACCAGCAAAAAGGCUCUCCUUCUCAGUGGUGGCGACGCUACUGGCUCCGUGGAUGGUGCUUCCGACGAAACUAAUCGUGACGCCGUAGUGAAAGCUGACGAUGCGAUCACAAACACGCUCAAGACUAUGUUCGAGUCCUUCCAGUCUCCCUACGAUUCAUACCCUGCGAGGGUGAGCUAUGGCACUCAUUCAAUCCGCAAACAUAGACGAAGGAUCCCAAGCAUUAUGCCUUUAGGUACAGAUCUUGAUAAGUUGCGAGAGGAAAAGGAAAUAGCAUUGUAUGCGCGUAUCAGCGCUCGCAAGGCUGAAUUAGCUGACUUGCCAGCCAAUCUGAGCGUAUGGGAUACCAGCAAAACCGACUUACCUGACAUGGUCGACGAUUCUUUGAAGCUGGCCGCCCUGAUCGAAUACAAGAUGUUGAAUCUUUUCCCAAAACAAAUUAUCCUACGCAAUAGACUGCACCAUGAAAUGAUUCAUCAUGAUAGUUUGGCAGUGUCGACAACUCGCUGCAGCCAUCGACGUAUGAAGAAACAAUCGCUUCGCGAAGCCCGAGUCACGGAGAAACUUGAGAAACAACAGCGCGAUGCUCGUGAGACAAAAGAAAAGAAGAAGCAGUAUGAUCAACUUCAGGCAAUCCUUGUUCAUGGCCGUGAGGUUAUCAAUGCUGGAAUUCAACAGCGAGCUCGGUCGCAGAAGCUUGGCCAGAUGAUGCUUCGCCAUCAUCAUGAUAUGGAGCGUGAAGAGCAGCGACGUGUGGAGCGAACCGCUAAGCAACGUCUCCAAGCCUUGAAGGCUAACGAUGAAGAGACCUACAUGAAACUGCUUGGCCAAGCCAAGGACUCUCGUAUCUCACACUUGCUGAAGCAGACUGAUGGUUUCCUCAAACAAUUAGCCCACUCUGUAAAAGAACAACAGCGUACCCAAGCAGAGAGAUAUGGGGGUGAUGAUAUAUCUGAGGAGUCGGAUCUCGAAUCUGACGAGGACGAAGGUGGUGAGAGCCGUAAAGUGGAUUAUUACGCCGUGGCCCACCGAAUAAAAGAAGAUGUUACAGCACAACCAAACAUCCUUGUUGGUGGCACCCUGAAGGAGUACCAACUUCGAGGUUUGCAGUGGAUGAUUUCGCUUUACAAUAACAACCUUAAUGGCAUUCUGGCCGAUGAGAUGGGUCUUGGUAAAACAAUCCAGACCAUCAGUUUAGUUACAUAUUUGAUUGAGAUGAAAAAACAGAAUGGGCCUUUCCUGGUCAUUGUUCCCCUGAGUACGCUUACCAAUUGGACCCUUGAAUUUGAAAAAUGGGCGCCUUCGGUAAGCCGAAUUGUGUACAAGGGCCCGCCGAAUAGUCGUAAAGCGCAGCAGCAGGCUAUUCGCUGGGGUCAAUUUCAGGUUCUUUUGACAACUUAUGAAUAUAUUAUCAAGGAUCGGCCCAUCCUUAGCAAGGUCAAGUGGGUUCAUAUGAUUGUUGACGAAGGCCACCGAAUGAAGAACACGCAGUCGAAAUUGACACAAACCCUUACCCAAUAUUACACGUCGCGCUACCGCCUCAUUCUCACUGGUACUCCGCUGCAAAACAAUCUGCCCGAACUUUGGGCUUUGCUCAAUUUCGUUCUUCCAAACAUUUUCAAGUCUGUCAAAUCGUUUGACGAAUGGUUUAAUACUCCUUUCGCAAACACAGGUGGCCAAGAUCGCAUGGACCUCUCAGAAGAAGAACAGCUGCUCGUUAUUCGGCGUUUGCAUAAGGUUCUUCGGCCAUUCCUUCUCCGUCGUUUGAAAAAGGACGUCGAAAAGGAUCUUCCUGAUAAACAAGAGCGUGUUAUCAAAUGCCGCUUCUCGGCACUGCAAGCUAAACUGUACAAGCAGCUGGUUACUCAUAAUAAGAUGGCUGUCAGCGAUGGUAAAGGCGGUAAAACGGGUAUGCGUGGGUUGAGCAACAUGCUUAUGCAGCUGCGAAAGCUCUGCAAUCAUCCCUUCGUGUUCGAAUCCGUCGAAGAAGAAAUGAAUCCUGGAAAGGGUACUAACGACCUCAUUUGGCGUACUGCUGGUAAGUUUGAGCUUCUUGAUAGGGUCCUUCCGAAAUUCAAGGCAUCAGGGCACCGUGUUUUGAUGUUCUUUCAAAUGACCCAAAUUAUGAAUAUCAUGGAGGACUUUUUGCGGCUCCGUGGCCUUAAAUAUCUCCGUCUGGACGGUUCCACCAAAUCAGACGACAGAUCAGAAUUGCUUCGACUCUUUAAUGACCCUGGCUCCGAGUAUUUCUGUUUUCUUUUGUCCACCAGAGCAGGAGGUCUUGGUUUGAACUUACAGACAGCCGAUACUGUCAUUAUCUAUGAUUCAGAUUGGAAUCCUCAUCAGGAUCUUCAAGCUCAGGACCGUGCGCAUCGUAUCGGACAGAAAAACGAGGUGCGAAUUCUCCGACUGAUAAGUUCUAACUCUGUUGAGGAGAGGAUCCUUGAGCGCGCCCAAUUCAAGUUAGACAUGGACGGCAAAGUUAUUCAGGCUGGAAAGUUCGAUAACAAAUCGACUAACGAAGAGCGUGAUGCGUUGCUACGUACCCUUUUAGAAACUGCGGACUCUGCAGAUCAAGCAGGUAACGAAGACGAAAUGGACGAUGAUGAUCUCAACGACAUAAUGGCCCGCUCUGAAGAUGAACUUGUGCUUUUCCAGAAGAUUGAUCAAGAACGAAUAAAAACUGACCGUUACGGCCUGGGCCAUCGACACCCGCGUUUAAUGGGUGAAGAUGAACUUCCCGACAUAUACUUAGCGGAGGAUAACCCCACUGCCGAAGAACCCGAAGAAAUCACUGGACGAGGUGCUCGCGAGCGAAAAGUGAUGAGAUACGACGAUGGCCUCACUGAAGAGCAGUGGCUUAUGGCUGUGGAUGCUGAAGACGAUACUAUUGAGGAUGCAAUCGCUAGAAAUGAGGCAAAACUAGAGCGAAGACGAGUAAACAAGGAAAAACGCGGCAAACGCGUUCAGGGCGAGUCUUCUCCAGAACCAUCCAGAGAACCUUCGGCCACUCCACAACGUAGUAGUAAAGCCCGACGGAAGGUUCCGGCGCCAAAGCGAAAAGCAGAGGAGACAAUAGACGAUGCGCCCUCGAAACGCCGAAGGGGUAGACAAAGCAAGGCGGGAGGCACUACCUCCAACGCCGCGACUGAUACUCUAAACAACUCCGACCGUGAAGCUCUACAAUUGAUUCUUAACAAAGUUUAUAAGAUUAUAAUAGGGCUUCAAGCGGAUGUUCCUGCCGACUCUUCAGACACUGACGACGAGCCAACUACCCGCCCAAUCAUUGACCCGUUUUUGAAACCUCCCCCAAAAAGCCAUUAUCCAGAUUACUAUGUGAUUAUCCAGAAUCCCAUUGCCAUGGAUUCUAUUAAGAGGAAGAUCAAUCGCGACGAAUAUCAUAAUCUACGGGAAUUCCGUGACGAUAUUCGACUACUUUGCAAUAAUGCUCGGACUUAUAAUGAGGAUGGAAGCGUCCUUUUCCAGGACGCCAAUCAGAUUGAGGCUGCCUGUAUUGCUGCUCUGAAAAAGGAAACAGAAAAACAUCCCGAAUUUGCAGAUUUUGACGACUCUGCAGACGGAUCAACAGCUGCAGUCUCAAGUGCCGGGACUCCUCUUGCAUCUGGAACUGCAUCUUCACAGAAACUUAAGUUGACCUUCAAUAGCUCCAAGGCUAACGGCGUCGAUAGCGCCGCCGUAAGUGAUGAGGAAUGA